AACUUCCUUCCUCCUCGCGUCAUUGUCAUCAUCCAAUUUGCAGAAGCACGGAAGAACAGACUGGAAUCGCAUCACUGAACGUGUUCGCACCACAAACGGAGUUUUAAACAACGGAUUAUUAUUAUUAUUGUUGAUAUCGUUUAUCGUUAUUAUUAAAUAAAGGCAGAACUAUUGUUGACAUCAACUGUAACAGGGACCCUCUCAGUAAAGGAAGAGGAGGAAAAAAAAACGAGGAAGAUAAAGAUUUAGAGCUGAACAGAACAGGAAACAGGAGACAAGAUAGAAAGAUAAGGGCCUUAAAUUGACAGGAACCAACUCCCCAAACAAAAUCAAAAUAGAAUAUUCGGAAUGUGAAAAGAAUAUUGAUGUUUUUUUCUUCGCAAACGAUGCUUUCUUUUGAUGGCAGAAAUAAAUCUAAGAUUAAGAAGUAAACGUGUAGAAAGAAAUUGGCAAGAAGAAAAAUAAUAAUCAGCAAUAAUAAUAAUAAUAAUAAUAAUAAUGAUAAUAGUAAUAACAAAAGUGUAAAUGAAUUAUUUACAAAUGGAAAUUUAGCCAAAAGAACUCGAAGUGUGAUGUUGUUUUAAUAUGAGAAGGAAAGACGAAAGAAACUGAAUCCAGGAAAAGAAUAGGGAUAACGGAAUAAAAGGAUAAAGGAAUAUAAUUAUUAAGGAAUGGAAGAAGAGAGUAAAAAAGGUGAAAUACGUGAGAAGAAAAGAAAGAUAAAAAGACGUUGAUUAAGAAGAAAGGGAAGAAAAACUUGAAGGAAGAAAGGAAAGCAGAAAAGAAGAAGAGAAAACAUAAAAUACAUAUAUAUAUAGAGAGAGAGAAAGAGAUAGAAAGAGAGUAAAAGAGGUUGUUGGAAUCGUAAAGAUGGAAACAGACAACGAAAUGUUGAAAUAAAUAAACGAUCAACGGAGAGAUAGAUAAGAAGACACACUGAAUACAAGAAUCACGGAGAAACGUGUUAAAAAGAAAGAAAGAACAAAGAAAAAUAAAAAGGAAAGAGACCAAAGGAAAAAGAAGAAAGACGAGUGUGUUUAGAUAAUGUGAAAGGUAGGGAAAAAAUGAAAGAAUGAAGGAGGCUUCGAAGGGAUAGAAUAAAUAGGAAAAAAUAUAGAGAUAAUAUGGGUAACGAUUGAUGGUGAGACUGAUAGGUGGAGUAAAUGAUUCUUUGAUGGAGAGAUAGAUCAAUAGAUUCAAAGAAAUAACGAAGGAAAGGUUAAGGGAAGAAAAUAAAUAGAUCGAAGCCAAAGCAAAGAAGAAAGAAACAGGGGAAAAAUGAAUAAAAGCAAAACAAAGGAAGGAUAUAAACAAGAAAGUACGAACGAAUGAAAAAAAAAAUUGAUUGAUGAGCAGACGACACAAUUGAGGACAGAAAGAAAGGAAAGGUGGAAAAAAGAAGAAAGAAAUAAAGAAAGAAAGAAGAAAGAGAUCGUUUGGCAGAAAGAAAGAGAAGAGAAAGAAACGUGUAUUAGAGAGGGGAAGCGGAAAAAUUAAAGGAGAAGGGAAAAGCGACUUUGGAUUAUAAGAGAGAAAUAUUGAAAAGCAGACGACAUAAUUGAAGGGAGACGGAAGAUAUUAACGAAGAAAAGGUGGUAGGGAUCCCGAAUCAGACAGAAGCAGGUGUAAACAAGACAAAGGAACAAAAAUUCCACAUCCAAGGGUGCCGAGUGUGAUUCAUUUGUCAAUGGAUUUCAACAGUAACCUCAUCAAUAACGAUAAAAGCAAUGGCGAGGCGGCGGCGGUGGCAGCAACAGCAGCAGCAGAGGCGGCGCAGGUAGCGGCGGCUCGGAACAACAGGUCGGCAGAUCUGGACGUGUUGAAAGGUGAAAAGAAACUACACGAGGCCGCUCGACAGAAUAACCUAGCGAAGGCCAGAAGGUUGCUUAUUGAGAAGGUUGAUGUGGAUUGUAAAAAUAAUAGGACCAGGUUGAAUCAAAAUGAACAGAAUUUGAUUUCGAUGCCCACAAGUGUAUUGUCGAUACAUCUCGACAGAACUGCAUUGCAUUGGGCAGCAGCCGAAGGCAACAUUGAUAUUAUACAGUUACUGCUGGACAAUGGGACAGACGUAGAGUUGAGAGACAAGUAUGGCAUGGGCGCGGUCCAUUGCGCAGCCUGGUUUGGUCAACUAGAAUCGCUCAAAGCAUUGGUAAAUGGAGGAGCAAGAACCACUGUACAAACCAAACAAGGAAUGAACAUACUUCACUGUGCGGCCCAGAACAACCAUCUUAACAUCCUUACCUUCAUCGCCGAUUCAUUGGAAAACUUUGAUGUUAAUCAAACGGAGCGGAACGACCGUACAUCUCUUCAUUUAGCAGCCGACAAUGGUUGUAUAGAAGCUGUUCUCAAAUUAAUUGCCAUGAAAUGUGAUAUCCAUAUGAAAGACAAGGAUGGUGCUACAGCCUUACAUCUGGCAGCCAAAAAAGGCAAUAUUGACAUUUUGAAAGCCUUACUCGCUUCCGGAAGUAUUUCCGAUGAUCGUGACGUCGAUGGUCGUACAGCAUUACACAUCGCUAGUGAAAAUGGCUAUACGGAAGUGUGUGACCUACUUUUGGAAUAUGGUGCCAAUCCGAAUGCAGAGACGCUGAAAGAAAUGACGCCGCUCCAUCUGUCAGCAAACCAUGGACAUACGGACGUCGUGGCAAAGCUACUUCACUUUGGCUGCGGAGUAAACGCUCAAAACUUUCAAGGAAACACUGCCCUACAUUUGUCCGCCAUGGGGAACCAUGCAGAUACUGCCAAAAUUCUUGUACAAGCAGGGUGUGAACUAGAUUUACCAAAUUACAGGUUGCAGACCCCACUCCAUGCUGCUGUAGAAAGUGGAUUAACAGAAGUUGUAGAAGUCCUGUUGGCUGGUGGGGCCAGUCUGGACGCCAGAGAAAAGUCGGGAAAGACCAGCCUUCAGUUAGCAUCUCGAGGGGCUCACGUUGCCUUAGUCGACACAAUCAUUAAAGCAGAACGGUACUACUCAACGGCACGGGAAUAUCACAACAACGACCUAGGUUAUGUUGAACCUCAUGCUUAUCUGAGAAGACCAACCCAUCCCUCAGCUGAACAAAUGAAAGAAAUUCUAUGGAGACUAUCAACGAAACAGCUAAAGAACAACGAGUGGAAGAAGUUGGCUUUGUAUUGGAAAUUUAAACCAGAACAUAUCCAAGCCAUCGAGCAUCAGUAUGUGGGUCCCAACAGUUACAAAGAACACGGAUUCCGUUUAUUGAUAAUAUGGUUACAUGGAAUACGAAAAGAUGAGAAUAUCAUGAAACUACUAUUUGAAGCUCUUGUGGCGAUUGACCGUCGAAAUCUCGCGGGUAAACAUCCAACACUUUCAGUUUUGUUGAAACGAUUUCUUCCAAAAUAAUCUCAUUAUUCUUGU